AUCAGGUUGCGGGCAAGUGAACAACGUCUCGAAAGAAAAACAAUAGUUAAUGGUAAAAAGUCAGGAUUUGACAGAGAAUGAUGUGGUAUUUCACACCCUGAGGAAACAACCAGUUAUAAUUCACGAACUAUUUUCACAAGACGUGGACACCACGCGAAGAAUUUAAUAAUAGUUCAAGUUGCGUUGACUUGUUGAACGAUACAGCUGUAAACGAUCACAUUUAAGGCAACGGGCAAGCCGUCCGAACAUGACAGCCCUUUGGAUUCUACUGAUAAUUCGCCUGUUUUAACUUGACAUUUGAUUGGCCCUUACAAGACGGCGCAGUAAACAGGGAGUCGGAAAACUAGGUUCAGGCAACACUGAAAGUGAUUAUAGAGCUUUGGCGUUCGGGCGUAUGCAAUCACAGUGGGCUAGGAGUUCAUUGUUUUCAUUCACUCUGGGGAAUUGACAAAUUGUUGUGUUGAAUAUUGGGAUAAUAUAUCAUCGCACAGAUGGAAAUUCAAGUUAGAAACAGCCGUAAGACAUUACACGAAGGCUCUCCACUUAUAGAAGUAAACGAUAUAAACGAUUAUGAUGAGCAACGUCUUACUAAAAGAAAGAAAAGGCGUUCGCGGCUUACUGGAUUGAGCAAACAGCGGCAGGCAGCGAAUGCAAGGGAACGAAGCAGAACUCACAGUGUCAACGCAGCUUUUAGCACGCUUAGAGUCUUAAUACCUACGGAACCAUCUGACAGAAAACUGUCCAAGAUCGAAACUUUGCGCUUGGCUACUAGUUACAUAUCUCAUUUGGGAACUUUACUUGUCAACGGUUCACAAUGCGUGAAUAAUCCCGAUGCUGACAAAGUCACUAUUUCACCAUCCACAGGAAAAAUUUGUACAUUUUGCUUGAGUUUGCUCAAAUCGGAAAGGUCACCAUUUUAAAUUGAAUUGAAUCACGUAAAAGGCGUUAGUUGAAUGUGGCGAGACCUUAACGAGACGCUGCGAUCGGUAAGCAAAUGAAUCAACGAGAACCACAAUAAAAAGAAAAUAAUAGCGAUAUUUUAGAUAAAAUGUGACGUAUCGCGCUUCUGGGUAUAUUCAUGCAUCUAUCCGGUAACUAAACACAUUGAUGUUUCAGAAAAAUUGCCUUCAAUGAAAUGUGUGUUUCAUUUGUAAGUAGUUGUACAACAUCAUGUUAAAAUAGACAUAAUUUAUUAUUAAUUUGAUAGAAAAUUUCAACUAUUGUAACUAUAUUAUAAAAUAGGAAAACGGCUUUACCAAAAGACAUUACAAAGAAACAGCGAUCUCUCA